UAUGGCCUGGCUGUGCCCACGUUGUCCUCCUUUGGACUGUGCGCGAAUCUAAUCAAUGGCGUGGUCUUCAUGCGGCCCAAGAUGACGCCCUCGGCCUUCACGUACCUGGCUGCGUUGUCCUGGCUGGACUGCGCGUCCUGCCUGCUGAUCACAUUGACYGCACUCUCGCGCAGCUACUUCUACCGGAGUCCCGCCUGGGUGGCCUACGACUAUCAGUGGCAGACRCCGCUCUUCGGCAUCAGCACGGGCGCUGCGAAUCUGAUACUCGCCUUUGUCAGCCUCGACAGAUUCAUCUAUUUGUCUCGGUUUGCGGCCAGCAAUGGAGCACCCAGGUUUUGUCGUCGCAAGGUGGCUCGCCUAAUGAUCUGCUUGGCCAUACUCAUCUCGGUUCUGCUCAACAUACCCUACUUUUUCUGCUUUGUCGUGGACUUGAACACUGCCACUUGCCAUGUCACCAACUUCUACUACUCCAAAUUAUAUCAGGUGCACAACUGGUUCUCGUUUACACUGCUGGCGGUCACUCCUGCCAUAUGCCUGCUGCUGGGCAACGCGGCCAUCAUCAUCGCCUUCAGGCGUUGGACGAAGCAGGGCAAACGCUGCCAGCAGAGCUGCUCCCGUGACAAUGGGCGCAAUACGAAUAARCGUUAUCAGCAUCAAGUAAAGCUCACCGUCAGCAUUCUAAUUGUCAUCACUUUAUAUAUGGUUGGUGAGCUGCCCGCGCACAUGACGUCGAGAAAGAGUUCUCUGAAUCUACUCUUUGGCGGCGAUACGAGUAAAAUGAAUCCGGAGCUGAUGGAGCAUCUGGAGGUCAUAUUUAUUACACUCAAUGUUUUAAAAUUAUCUAGUAGUUUUCUGUUAAUAAGCAAAUAG